AACUUUUCGAAUUUAGGUAAUUGCGAUUCCUUGAAGUAUGCUGAAAUCGUGAUUUUAUUUUAUAUUUUGCAUGAAAGUUUUUGAGUUGGGAGUUUCAUGUCGCUUUUUUGAAAUUUGUACCCCUGUUAUCCACAUUGUUCAGACUUAUUUUGUAGCAUUCUUUAUGCUUGCAGUCCAUUGUUAUUACUUUUUACGAUCUCUAUUAAAGUUUGCUCCCAGGAAAUUGGACGUGAUCAUCCACUUUUUCGCUAAUACGAAAAUGGGAGGAGUAAGUCAUAUCAAGUGGCGUGAAGCGAACAAGAAGACAUGGAUACAGCUUAGCCAAUUAGGAACACGCAAACCGAAAAUUGAAAUUUGUACUUGUGGCUUAUUUGUGUCAUGCUUUGUCAUCCUUGUACUAGCGGAGUAAAUUCUAUCUGCUGUACGCUGGACGACGUUCCAAGUCAGUAGUAGUAACGGAUAUUUCCAAUGAUUGGAAGUUUCUCAUUAAUUAAAUGAAUGGUUUUUCUUCAAUUUCAUUCGCAGUACAUAUAC